UUCACAAAAUAUUUUGGUCUGCCUUUGUUGGCGCGUAUUACUUCUCUUUCGUGUUUGGUGCUCCGCCCAGUUUGAGAGGUUUCUUCCACUCACCAUUCUUCCGAUCGCCGUCUACAGUACAAUAUAUCGUUUACUUGCAUCUGUAACAAUGGUUGAAAAACCUUCUAGUUCUUCAUCUACUCUCGUUGAUCAUCCAGUUGUUCCAGGAGACGUGGUUCUCGAUCUCUCAAACAUGGCCAACGAGACCAUCAAGCUUGGAAGCGGUCUUCGACAGGACCAGGAUGUUAUUUCUGUCUCCAAAGUUGGAAAACUGAGGUUAUCGAAACCAAACAAAUAUUGGGUUGAAAGCUCACAGAAAAGGUACGUGCCAUGUGCGGAAGAUUGUGUUCUUGGAAUCGUGCUUGACUCUAGAGCCGACAAUUUUCUUGUUGACAUAAAAGGUCCGUCAUUGGGCUUUCUUCCUGUUCUUGCAUUUGAAGGAGGAACUAGGCGUAACAUACCCAAAUUUGAGAUGGGUGCCCUGCUUUACGUGCGGGUAGUGAAGGUAAACCCUGGAAUGAAUCCCGAGUUGGCAUGCACUGAUGCGAGUGGGAAAGCAGCUGGAUUUGGCCUCCUAAAGGAUGGCUACAUGUUUGAGUGUUCAACUGGCUUAUCAAGAAUGCUUCUAAGUUCUCCCACAUGUCCAAUUCUUGAAUCUCUUGGGAAGAAGCUUUCAUUCGAGACAGCAGUUGGUUUAAAUGGCCGAGUUUGGGUCAAUGCCGAAUCUCCGUCCACGACCAUUGUUGUUUCAAAUGCAAUAUUGAACUCCGAGACUCUGUCUGGGGUCCAACAGAGAAUCAUGGUGGACAAACUCCUUAACAAUUUAAAGCUGUCAAGUUAGUGUUGUAAACUUCAUGGUUAGAAUUCUUUGUUUGUUAAACUACAUUUUUAGUCAUGUAUUAUUUAGCUCGAGUUUUACUUAACAGUAAUUAAUCAAAUCUUUUCCUCUUUGCAAAAUUGAGAAAGAUGCUGAUUUAAUUAUAUUCAUUUACUCUCAA